GCCAAGGCCCUGCAGCACUCAUUUCUUCUCAGCUGUAUUUGACCUACUACUACUACUACUACUACUACUACUACUACUACUACUACUACUAUCUGCAACCAUGUCUAUGUUAAUAAAGAACAUGACUUUCAAGGCUGGGCAAACCCUGACUGUUGUUGGAGUCGUCAAACCUGAUCCCAAACAUUUCGAGGUGAAUAUCGGCCCCAGCGAGGACAGAAUUGCACUUCAUUUCAACCCUCGUUUUAAUUCCUGUGGAGACAUAAAUACAAUUGUCUGCAACUCUUUUGAGGGAGGGAGAUGGCGUGAGGAGAAACGUGAGAGACGCUUCCCUUUCUAUCAGGGACAGGAGUUCAAGAUUGCCAUCAAAUUCACCCCUUCAGAGUUUGUGGUGACUUUACCGUGUGACUCAACUUUCCAUUUCCCCAAUCGCAUUGGUGCAGGGACAUACUCGGUCAUGAGCUUUGAUGGGGAUGCUCGCAUUAGAAGCAUUGAGAUCAUGUAAAGCUCCAUCCUGCCUGGAAUUUCUGGAUUGAAAAUCCUGUUUUCUUUUUCUGUUUGUCUAGCAGAAAAUAAUAAGUAGCUGUAGGUCUUCAGCUUCCUGUAAAUGUGCCAAUCUUGAUUCUGAUCACAGAUUGUCAUAUCUUGCAGGAAUUUAGUUUGUUGAGAGCAGAUCCAAACACCUAUGGGCAUAAAGAUGGAUACUUAUAAUCUUUAGCUCUUUAGCACACAGAUUAGUGAACAUGCUUUUGUGGAAUCCUACUAUGAGCAGUUUUAAAGUAGUCCAAGUGAUUUGCUUUUUGGAGUUUUUUUGCUUUCAAGAAUCAUAAAUCAUGAAUGUGUGAUCAGGUUUUUCUGUAAGGUGCCUUAAAAUGCUUCACUAUUUGUUUUUCCAAGACAUUUCACUUUUUAAUUCUUACCUGCAACAACUUCAAUUAAAGUGUUUUG